GUGAACUCAUGAUGCUUCCCGCAGAUCUCGCUUUUAUUCAGGAUAAAGCUUUUAAACAGUACGUGGAACAAGAUGAAGAGUUGUUUUUCAAAGAUUUUGCAGCAGCAUUUCAUAAACUUGAAGAACUUGGUGUACCAAGAACUGGUGAUGAAAAA